AUGGAGGUAGCACUUUCCCUAAGCGGCCUUCUAGCCACUGGACUCCAGGUCAGUGACAUGCUGAACCGCUUCGUCUCCGACGUCAUACAUGCCCGUCGCGCCAUUGAAAAUCUCAAAAGCGAGGUCAAGAUCUUCACAAGCAUCGUCACCAACCUGCAGACAAAAACAUCCCCCCCGCCCCCCCUUGAUCCCUUCAAAGACGCCCUCAUCGCUGCCGGCAAUACACUCUCCGACCUGCACAGUGAGCUGGACCGCGUUGCCUCACAUGGCAGCAAGCUCCGGGAAGGCAUAAAAUACGCAUGCACGGAAAAGACUUUGAGCUCGCUGCUGCUGGAGCUGAUGAGUCAUAAGUUGACGCUACUGCUGUUUGCCAGUGCGAUGUUCGUGGAGUCUUCGGAUGAGAGGUGUGGGAUUGUGGGGGGGUUUACAAGAGACGCUGCGGUGAGGGAUUUCGGGAGCUAUGUUACUGGGUCGGCAAAUGUUACCAGUUCGACCGCAACCAACACCGGCGGUAACCCACAUCCCACACGCAGCAGGACAUUGGCCAACGAAACAUCAACGCGAAGUGUCAGCGGUACACCGCCCCCGAACCAUAAUCUGACAGCACCAGCUCCCAUUAUUGCCAUGCCCUACCACAACGUCGUGCCCUCGAUAGCACUAUACCCGGUGCCGUCUCCUCCUCUAUUCACUGCGCCGGAAUAUUCCCUACACGAUGCUGUCAGAAAUAGAGAUAAGAAAAAGGUGUACGAUCUGCUCCAGCGCGGCUACAACGUCGAUCAGAACCAUCCAGAUUUCGGGACGCCGCUGGCAUACGCGGUGUCGCUGAGGGCGGCACCGAUAUUAACUAAUCUGUUGGAAUUUGGGGCAAACACGAAGGUCAAGGACAAACUUGGGAGAAGUCUUCUCCACACCGCCGUAGUCACCGGCGAUGAACAGAUCCUCUACUAUGUGCUGACCAUGCAGAUACCGGUCAAUGAAGCCGACAUCUCCGGCGACACCGCGCUGCAUACCGCGGCGAAUCUUGGGUAUAGGAAGAUGAUUGACCUGUUGAUACAGUGGGGAGCGGAUGUGGAGCGCAGAGACAGGCGGGGACUGACGCCGUGGCUUUCACCGUGGCGGGUGUUGAGGCCGAGGAGGAGGGUGACGGUUUGUGGAUGA